UUCCCCUGUGCGUCGAGUCUGUGCCUGCCUCUGUGCAGCUACAGCUGUGAGCAAUUGUAGUGGAUACGAUGAGGGGAGGGCGUGUGUGAAGGAUCUCUUGUUUGUAGACCACAAGGAAUACUCUGCAAGCAGGAGACAUCAGUUUUGCCAGCGGCACAGCAGAGCAGGAGGAAGCCCGCUUGAUCAUCCCAUCUAUGCCAUGUGAUUUUCCUUACAUCGACCCGGGAAAGAGUUCAGGCUUAAAAAGCUUAAGUGUGAAAGGCAGAUUUACUUGAAGAAGCAAGGAAAAGGAAACACUGCCAGCAUCCCCAUUUCUUCCCCAACAGGGAGCAGCAGUGUGCAGGUCUACCAUGACUAUGAGAAGGUGGCCUUUAAGAUGCAUUCUGGAAAUGGUCAUGCUGCAGAAAACAGUUUUCAUCCCAGGAGAGACCAGCUCUCCAGCCAAGCUAGUGCCAACGUUCCAGACAUCAACUCCAUCAGCCACGAAGAAAAGCGCAGCACGAAAGACGAGAUUGGCCACAGGAGCUUCAUAAGGAUGAUGGAGUCAAGCUGCCAGGGCUACUCGGGGCCAGAAGACAACUCAACAGACCCACAUGAGACCCUGACAGAGACUUCAACUCUGACUUUUGUGGAUGGACGCAGUACGGAGGAGUCGACAGAGAGCCGCAGUCUCCACGGAGUGGGGAUGGUUUAUCUCAAGGAGUUUGUGCUCAUAGAUGAUGAUGAAGAUGGGGACAUGUCGCUAAGAGAGAAAACAGUGACAGACGUGUCCUUGAUGGAUGGAAAAGCUGCAGACCUGGUGUGCAGCAGGCUUUUGUCCACCUCCAGCGGUUCAGUGUCAGAGUGCAAGGAGGAGUCAUCUGCUCCUGACGCGCCUCCUCCUGAGGAGCCUGAAGCUGCACAUGAAAAGAAAAGCUGCUGUUUGUGCACACUUUUAUGACCCUUCAGGAUCUCACAGAUUUGAAAACCAGCACAGCUUUGUGUCCAUCAUAUGAACUGUGAUGCUGUCUGUGAUAGAAACCUGAGCAGUCACUCGUGGUAUGGGAAGCAGAAGAAGAUUACAUUCCUGACAUGCUUUUUUAGCAACCAGCAAAACAUGUUCAUGUUCAAACAUCAACCACUAAUGUGUUUCAGUCAAACUGCUUUUUCAUUAUAAAUAUGAAAUGUAUGAAACAGUAUGGUGCAUUUGAUAAAAGUUACAGUAAGAACGAUUUGAUACAUGCAUGUUUCUGCAAUAAAUGGCCGAUUCUUGAA